AUGUCUUCCCAAGACCAGGCCCCUGGCAAUCCUGCAGUUCCAGAGCCGUCACCUUCAUCUUCGCGAACUCCGCCGGCGCAUGAACAGGAUCCCAGUGAUGCUCAGUCCCGGCAUUCAUCCUUAUCCGAAGAUGGCGAAACGACUAGUAACGCCCAUCGCGAGUCAACACCUCCUCGCAACCCUCCCUUGCCCGACGAAGAGGCACCCCCUCUUCCUGACGAACCAGCCCCAGAGGACGAUGGAUGGGAUGCCCUCUGGGACAGCAACGCCCAAGCAUACUACUUCUACAAUCGCUACACACAGGUCAGCCAAUGGGAGAACCCAAGAGUCCCGGAGGCGGCCGGUGCCAACUACGGAUCCUUCGCUCCCGGCGUGACGAGUAGUUCAGGCGCACCCGGUACUUCCUCUCCUCCCAAGCGUCGCGCUGGCGGAUACAACCCUGCCAUUCAUGGCAGCUAUGAUCCGAAUGCAGACUACGCAAGGGAGGGACAAGACGAGGAAGAAGAGGAGGACGCAGCGGCGUCAGCGUUAGCAUCGGGAUUGGCGGAUCCCACACAACCCUAUGUGGCUGCCGCCCGCUUCAAUAGGUUCACGGGUCGCUUCCAGGACGCCUCGCUCAACCCGGACAGACACAGCGACGAGCAAAAGAGCCGGAGGCAAAUGUCCGCCUUCUUUGAUGUGGAUGCCGCUGCGAAUAGCCAUGACGGACGCAGUCUCAAGGCUGAACGACGGGGCAAGACCCUCAGUAAGAAGGAGCUCAAGGCAUACAAGGAAAAGCGAAGGGAAAAGAAGGAGGAGAAGCGGCGUGCCUGGUUGAGGGACUAGAUCCCCGGCGGUAAGCAAUAUUGUGAGGACAUGACGAGCGAUAUCAAUAUGACCACUAAUGCAAGACUUAGAGGCAGUCCAGAUGCUUGAAAUGGCGGCGAGGCAAUAGAAGCGUCACUGAGAAGUCAGUGGAGCGCUCAGUUGCAGUAUUGGAUAUGAGCCGACCUUAUUCUUCGUGUUAUCAACCUCAGACAGCCCACCG